AUGGCUUCUCAUCUCCAUCAGCCACACCAUUUCUUUAAGGUAGUUCUUGAAGAUACUACUCGGAGUGUUUGGUCAAACAGGGGAUUCCUGCUAAAUUUGCAAGAGAUUAUGGGAAUUCUCUAUCAAACCCAGUGUUCAUUAGGGUCCCAAGUGGAAUUGGUAAAAUGUGGUGGCAAAAUGUGGUUUCGAAAUGGUUGGCUAAACUUUGCAAAGCACUACUCGGUGGAGCCUGGACAUUUCUUGGUUUUCAGAUAUGAAGGGGGCUGCCAUUUCCAUGUCAUCAUAUUCGAUCGAACAGCAACGGAGAUCGAAUAUCCAGACGUUGAGCAAGAAGUGAAGGUUGAAGAGUCCGACAACCAAAUGUCCUUGGCCUCAUAA